UGCCGUUACCAUCAUAAGGGACAACAGGCUACUAAACCCUCAUAUCUUCCCGGACAUGGAAUUAACAGCUAAAUUUCCCUCUGCAGAGAAAUUGGUGUUCGUCGUCGGAUACAUUACGCUUAUUUCUAUCCUGUUGAAAUGGUCAUGGAAAUGUUGGUGCGGAUUCAGAGUUUACGUCCUGUCAGAAUUUCGGCAAACUGACUUAAGAGUGUACGGACAGUGGGCGGUGGUUACUGGAGCCACUUCUGGAAUUGGUCUGGCCUAUGCCAGUGAGUUAGCAAGAAGAGGCUUGGACAUUGUCCUAAUUAGUCGGUCAAUGAAGAAGCUUCAUGAUGUAGCAGCGGAAAUUGAGAACUGUUAUGGCAGGCAGACCCGUGUCAUUCAGACAGACUUCACUGAGGGUCAUCAAAUCUACCCUGCAAUAGCAAAGAAUCUAAAGGGCCUAAACAUUGGCAUUUUGGUGAACAACAUUGGUUUGAACUACAGUGGAGUGUUGGCCAAUUUUUUGGAUGUACCAAACUGUGAACAGAAAAUAACCCAGAUGAUCAACUGCAACAUCCUCUCCCUCACUCAGAUGACCAGGAUAGUUCUACCAGACAUGGUUGAAAGGGGGAGAGGACUUAUAAUUAACAUGUCCUCAGAAUGUGCCUCCCAGCCCCAGCCCAUGGUGACUAUGUACUGUGCAACUAAGAUUUUUAUGAACUAUUUCUCAAGAUGUCUAAAUGCAGAGUACAGGUCAGAUGGGAUCACAGUUCAGUGUGUUGCUCCCCUUCUGGUGCAUACAAACAUGACCCAGCAUAUGGGUAUGAAUCCUCUGAUGAAGAGCGCUCCAGAGUUUGCCCGGGAGGCUCUCAACACGGUCGGCUACUCCACCUACACCAGCGGCUGUGUGUCUCACGCACUGCAGCAUAUCGCUCUGUCCGUCUUCCUCCCAGACUGGGUACGUCUCUCUCCCUUCUGUAUGAAGCACCUGCAGAAAUACGCCCUCAGUGUUCACCAGCAGCUGAAGGAGGCCUUGGCCGAGUACUCCAACAAGGAGGAGUAGUGAAUGACGAGCUGCCUGCAGUCUUUAAAAACUAUUACAAAAACGCUCAAAUUAUAAAGAAAGAUGUGAGAAUCGUCGGCCUUUCUGAAAAUGCAGCGCUCUUGGACGUUGGACUACCUGCAGUACUGAGACAUUACCAUGGGGAAAUGGUCAUUCAUCAAGUUGGAACUUGAUGUGGAGCGAAGUCAUUUUCCACAUCAAAGACCAUUUUUAUAAAUGUGAACUUUGGCGUGGGUUUGACUCUAAAAUCUAAUCUGUGCUUAAGAACAUUUUAUAAAUGCGGCCUCAGGUUUAUUGUCAGAUUCAAUCCAUAGGAACAGCACAUUGAGGGGACCUCUGACCUUAUUUUUACA